AUGACCUGGCCGGCCCUGCCCCGGCCAGAAGCCGCGCCAGCUUCAAAGCACGCCUCUGUCUGCAAACGCGGCGGCGGCUGGGCUGGGCGCUCAGUGCGCCGCGAAAACUGGCCCGCCCCCACCUGCUGUGCCGCCGUUCCGCCCUGCGCCGUCCUGUUCUCCACUGCGGCCGAUAUCUGGCUCGCGGUGCAGCCGCGCUCCGCGAACCGUGAUGUGCUGCUUGCUGCCUGUUUGGAGACUUCAGCUACAGGAGUGCAGCCUGCCGGCCUUGUUUUGACUUCACCGCCCAACGCUACAGCUAUAGACUGGCCGCAGCAGUGGCUGACAGGAGAUGCGGACCCGCCGGGCCUUCCUCUGGUGGAAGACUGGGAGACCCGCGCCGGCUCGCGUCCAGUGAACUACGGCGGCGUCGCCUCGGAGCAGCGCGGACCGCCUGCACUCGCGGCCGCGGCCGGUCCUCGGAGGCGCCUGUGCCGGUCCCCUGCCGGCCCGUCGCCGCGGCGUGGCCUGGGUUGGGCGUGUGCCGCCGCCGCCGCCCCCGCCGCCGCCGCCGCCGCCGCCGCCGUGAAUCGCGUGCCGGCCGCGCGUCCCGCAGGGACCAGUGCUGGCGCCGCCACUGUGGCCGCGGAAAUAACUCGCGACGGCGGAAGUUAG